GAGGGAAACUUGCUUCCCAGCCAGCUCUCUAUGUGGCUAUAUAAACCCUGCAUGAGGAAACGUUGGACUCCUGGGAAGGGAAGGAGACCUGAGUGGCUUUCCAGGUGGCAACUAAGAGAGAUUUGAGUAUCCUUGGGGACACUGUUGGAUCUGGUUCUGGAUUUCAAGUUUGGUCUCCUGCCCUUGCUUCCAUCCUCCUGUUCAUUGGUGGAGAGAUGCUGUUUGGAAGAUCCGGAGAAUUGCUGUUUGGUUCUGUGCCAUGAACCACCCAAUGUCUUCUGGUUGAUUUCCCUCCCACCUUCUCCUGGUUUCCUGGAAUUCCUGCCCUUCCUCUGCUGCCCCAGCAGGGCAUGUCCCGCUCCAACAGCGUAAGCCCUCCGGGGUUUGGAGUUCCUGCUGCGCCCAGGGGUGGAGGGACAGAGUCACACCGCUCUGCCUGGGGAGAAGCUGAAUCCAGAGCCAAUGGCUACUCCUACCCACUCCCUACCAGGGCCUCAGUCAAGGAAUCUUCCAGAAUGGCAAGCAGGUGGAGGAGUGAGGAGGAGUAUGAUCUGCCAGGUAGCAGGAACCAUGGGGUAAGUGGCUGCAGGAUGAUGAGCUUCAGGUCCAAAUCUGCUUGGCAGGAUCGUAGUGGAGACAAGAGCCAGCACUCCUGUCGGGCAGGAGAUCCCUCCCUUGCCCCAAGUCCGAGACACUAUGGUAGUGAGCAGGGUGAGGUGCGCCCACGUUCUGUGGAGCUGGGACUCGAGGAGAAACGGAUCAAGGCCAAGAUCGACGAGCUGGAGGAUGAGGAGCAGGGGGGUGAUGAAGGGGGGUCUGAGAUGAUUUCAAUGGGCAGCUGUUGUGGAAGCCUGCUACAGAUCUUCAGGUCUAAGAAGUUCCAGUCAGAGAAGUUGGAGCACCUCUACCAGCGGUAUUUUUUCCGUCUCAACCAGAGCAGCCUGACCAUGCUGAUGGCAGUGCUAGUCUUGGUGUGCCUGGUCAUGCUGCUCUUCCACACUGUUCAUGGCCACUACCAAGUGCCCUAUGUGGUGGUGCUGUCCCUGGCCAUCCUGCUAAUGGUGUCCCUGGGGGCCGUCUGCAACCGUAAUGAUUUCCACCAGGACCACAUGUGGCUCAUGUGCUACUCUGUCAUCCUUGUGGUGUUAGCUGUGCAAGUGGUUGGCUGCUUGCUAAUGCAGCCCAGAAGUGCCUCAGAGGGCAUCUGGUGGACCAUCUUUUUUAUCUACAGCAUCUAUACUUUGCUACCCAUCAGGAUGAGGGCAGCAGUCAUCAGUGGUGUGCUAUUGUCUGCCAUCCACCUGGCCAUUUCUCUCAAAAUCAAUGCAGAAGACAAAGUCUUAUUAAAACAGCUGGUGUCCAACAUCCUCAUCUUCAUCUGCACAAACAUUGUAGGGGUGUGUACACACUAUCCAGCUGAGGUGUCCCAAAGACAGGCCUUUCAGGAAACAAGGGAAUGCAUUCAAGCUCGCCUACAUUCUCAGAGAGAAAAUCAGCAACAGGAGCGUCUCCUGCUUUCUGUACUGCCUCGCCAUGUUGCCAUGGAGAUGAAAGCUGACAUUAAUGCCAAAAAAGAAGAUAUGAUGUUUCAUAAAAUUUAUAUCCAGAAACAUGACAAUGUCAGCAUCCUUUUCGCAGAUAUUGAGGGUUUUACCAGUCUCGCUUCCCAGUGUACUGCUCAGGAGCUGGUCAUGACGCUGAACGAACUCUUUGCCAGAUUUGAUAAGCUUGCUGCUGAGAAUCACUGUUUACGUAUAAAAAUCUUAGGUGAUUGCUAUUACUGUGUAUCUGGAUUACCUGAAGCCAGAGCAGAUCAUGCACACUGCUGUGUUGAAAUGGGAAUGGAUAUGAUAGAAGCCAUUUCAUUAGUACGAGAAGUGACGGGCGUCAAUGUCAAUAUGCGAGUCGGAAUCCACAGCGGGAGAGUUCACUGCGGAGUCUUGGGCCUCAGGAAGUGGCAGUUUGACGUGUGGUCAAAUGAUGUCACGUUAGCCAAUCACAUGGAAGCCGGUGGCAAAGCAGGGCGAAUCCACAUAACAAAAGCUACGCUAAACUACCUAAAUGGUGAUUAUGAAGUGGAGCUGGGCCUUGGAGGGGAACGCAAUGCUUACCUCAAGGAGCAUAGUAUAGAGACUUUCCUCAUUGUCCAAUGCAGCCAAAAACGGAAAGAUGAGAAAGCAACAAUAGCCAAAAUGAAUCGCCAACGUACUAAUUCCAUUGGUCACAACCCACCACACUGGGGAGUAGAUCGCUCUUUUUAUAAUCACUUAAGCACCAGUCAAGUUUCUAAAGAAAUGAAAAGAAUGGGUUUUGAAGAUCCAAAAGACAAGAAUAUCCAGGAAAGCAUGAAUCCAGAAGAUGAGGUGGAUGAGUUUCUGGGUCGUGCAAUUGAUGCAAGAAGUAUUGACCGGUUACGUUCAGAGCAUGUUCGCAAGUUUCUGUUAACGUUCAGGGAGCUUGAUUUGGAGAAAAAGUAUUCCAAACAGGUGGAUGAUCGAUUUGGUGCAUAUGUGGCUUGUGCUUCCCUAGUCUUCCUCUUCAUUUGCUUUGUUCAGAUCACAAUAGUGCCACACUCAGUGUUCAUGCUGGCGUUUUACCUAUCCUGUUUUGUGAUAUUGACCACACUAGUGUUUGUUUCGGUCAUUUACUCCUGUGUAAAGCUGUUUCCAGGUCCACUCCAGACUCUUUCACGGAAGAUUGUUCAGUCCAAAACCAAUAACACCCUAGUCGGGGUCUUCACUAUUGUAUUGGUUUUCCUCUCAGCCUUUGUCAAUAUGUUCACCUGUAGUACUGUGGACCUUGUCAACUGUAUAGCUGCAGAGCAUAAUCUCACUCCUCCUGAGGUGAAUUUGUGCCAUAUUAGGGAUUCCAAUUAUAGCCUGGAAACCACAGAAGGAUUCUGUGCUACUUCCCAGCCAAACUGUAACUUUCCAGAGUACUUUACCUACAGUGUUUUACUGACCCUCCUGGCCUGCUCCGUGUUCCUUCAGAUCAGCUGCAUCGGGAAACUCAUUUUGAUGUUGAUUAUUGAAUUUAUAUAUGUCCUCAUUGUGGAAGUGCCAGGCCUUACCCUCUUCGAUAACGCAGACCUUCUGGUUACAGCCAACGCCAUAAAAACAAGUAUGUUUUCCAAUGAGACUGAGAAUGGAAUAUGUCCUUCCAAUGUGUCCAGGGUUGCUUUGAAGAUUGUAACCCCUGUUGUCAUCACUGUUUUUGUCUUGGCGGUCUAUCUACAUGCACAGCAGGUGGAAUCCACAGCGAGGUUGGAUUUCCUUUGGAAGCUUCAGGCUACUGAAGAAAAGGAGGAGAUGGAGGAGCUGCAGGCCUACAAUCGACGGCUUCUCCAUAAUAUCUUGCCAAAGGAUGUAGCAGCCCACUUUCUUGCACAGGAGCGGAGAAAUGAUGAACUGUAUUACCAGUCCUGUGAAUGUGUGGCUGUCAUGUUUGCUUCCAUCAGCAACUUCUCCGAAUUCUAUGUGGAGUUAGAGGCCAACAAUGAAGGGGUGGAGUGCUUGAGGCUCCUCAAUGAAAUCAUUGCUGACUUUGAUGAGAUAAUAAGUGAAGACCAAUUUCGACAGCUGGAAAAGAUCAAAACAAUAGGGAGCACAUAUAUGGCUGCUUCGGGUCUUAAUGAUUCUACGUAUGACAAGGUGGGCAAAACGCAUAUCAAGGCCCUGGCAGACUUUGCAAUGAGGUUAAUGGAUCAAAUGAAAUACAUCAACGAGCAUUCGUUCAACAAUUUCCAGAUGAAAAUAGGGCUCAAUAUUGGUCCAGUAGUAGCAGGGGUCAUAGGUGCACGUAAGCCCCAGUAUGAUAUUUGGGGCAACACUGUGAAUGUAGCUAGUCGAAUGGACAGUACAGGAGUCCCCGAUAGGAUUCAGGUCACUACGGACAUGUAUCAGGUUUUAACCAUCAACAACUAUCAACUAGAAUGCCGAGGGGUUGUGAAAGUCAAAGGUAAAGGAGAAAUGACCACCUACUUCUUAAAUGAAGGCCCACCAGCAAGUUAGCGACAGUGGGCAAGGAUGACUCCAUUAAUUCAAACACAAUAGCACACUGGAAAAAAAUGUCACUGUUUCACAGUGAAUCUAAUCCCAAGGCACGGUUGAGUAUUUCAUGCAAUGCCUUUUUAGUAGGAUUGUGUGCGAAGGAAAUAAAAAAAGAAACACAGCUUGGGCUGCCUAGCGCACACUUCAGAAGUCACCUAGCACUGCUGCAGACCUUUUUACGAAGGUGAACGUUAAGUGAAUUGACCAAAGAUUUAUGCUUAGUGGAAAUGCGGAGAUGAAGAGGUGGAUUUGAGAUCUUCGUUUGUGGCUGCUACGCAGGACUUAAAACUAUUUAAGUAUUUAUUUGAAGUAAUACAAUGUUUUUACUUGGUGGAAGGAAAGUAUGAUUCAUUUGCAACAAAAGGAAAACUAAAACGAACAGCAUUAUUUUGGAAAGGCUGUGCACUCCCAUACUAUUUCUGGUCUGUGCUGUCAGCGCCUUGAAUGUGCCACUGUUCUUAUAUUAGCUGUUUGAGUGGGCUUUUAAAAUUAAAGAUGUUGCUGUCACUGUAACUCUUUACAAAGGGCCUUUUUUAUUAUGCCAUCGGUAAUGUUUUUAAAUGGAAAAAGUUGCCUUGUUAUGUACUCUUGCUAUCCCUACCCUUACACAAAUGUGAGGCUUCCUCAUUUUAGCAAGAGAGGUAUGUUUAAAGGAAGGAGAGUAAUUGUUUAAAAUGAGAGAAAAAAAGAAUUUUUCAUAUGUAUUUAUUAAAUGAAAAGAUCUUCUAACUCCUAUUGGUGCAUUUUGGUUCACAGGCGAAAGACUUAGCUGUUAAAUCUUCCUGUUGGUCAGGGAGAUUUCUCUGAUAUGUGAUAUGGGAUUAUUUGGGGAGGUUUUGUAUUUUGUAAUAUGGGAGACACUGACACUAACAAAUAUACCAAAAUUCUAUAUUUUGAAGAUUUUAUGUAUUAAAAUUUCAUCCCAAUUGUGCAACAGUGAUCAGCUUGUGUAUCUGCUGUAAUGCGGGACACAUAACCGCUAUGUGAAAAGGUAGAAAGAGGGAAGACUCACAUGCAGCAGUCUUAAGCAAGCACUGAACAUCUGGUACAGCUGCUUUUAUCUUUUGGGUGGAGCAAUCUUGAUCCAUUCAUACAGGCACCAUAGUUGAUUGCAUCUGACAUACAUUUCCUUCUCUAUCAUAAUCUGCCUGGGAAAAGAGGGGAAACAGGAGUCCAGGUUGGGACCCUUCAGUCUGCCAGAGAGCUGGUCAGUGAGAGAUCUUUCCUCUGUUCUCUCUUAACUCAGCUGGCAGGGGGGAAGCCUCUUGCUGGGUGCGCACAAAAUUGAACUGAAACUAGUGGCUGUGCACAUAACAGCAUCUUGGGAAGUGUACAUAAGCUAUAAAAUUGUGGAUGUUUUUUUUUGUUCUUUUCAGAGUUGCAGACUUGGCAGUUUUUAAUUUCUGUACAGUGCAGGAAGCAAGUAGAAGCUUAAAAGUGGCUCCAGGAUAAAAACAAAUAAAAAAUAAAUGAAGGUUAUGAAACCUUAGGCUAAAAAAUAAUAAUCAAAGAAAAUAAAGAAUUAGCCCAAAUAAAGUGUAUCCCCAAUUUUGAAAUAGCUUUUGAAAUAUAGGGUAUUGAGAUAAAAACAAUUUCCAAUAUUCAAAGAACUGAAAGUGCAACAAUUAAAAUAUUUAAUGGUUUGUUUAAUUAAUGUGUAUCGAAUUGCUGUGGAAUAUUGUCUAGAAAUGUUGCUGUCAUGAAGAGGUGGGGAAUUAAAUUCUACUUUCAAUUCACUGAACUUGGCAUUUAGUUAAAAAAGGCUUGGGAAAGUUUGGGGUUUUUUCCCCUAUAACCAAACAAACUUGACUGCGGAUGCUGGGAUGGUCUAACAAUUUUAAAGAAAAGGAGCAACUGAUACGCAUUUAUAAAUGGGUUCAUCAUGAAUUUUCAAUGCCCAUACAUUUUAUUACAGUAUUAAAGUGUAGAAAGCAUAUAUUUUUAUAUUUCAGUGUAGGGAAAGAAUUUAUAUUGAGCCUGGGUAUCUCCAAAAUGAUUAAUAGCUUUUUGACAGAUUUUUUUUCUCCCCCUUUUUUAAGAUAGAUUUUUAGUAGUAUUAAUAAGCUGAAUGGCUAUGACAUGAGAUAGGGGGCUCUGAUCUUUGACCAGAAAAUUAAAUAUUGUCCAUGUUCUUAAAUUUAUUAAAUUGCUUAACAUAAUUAUGUGGAACUCUUUUAAACAAGAACCUAGUAGUAUCCGAUUUCUGUUAUAUGUUUUCCUUCCAGUAAGGCACAUCCUGGUACAUGGUACAGCCCGGUUUGUAGAAAACUGCCAAGUUUGUCCUUGUACUAUGUUUUUUUAACCUUUAAACAAAAUCUGAUUUCCAAAGGUCUUUAUUUACAUGGUACUGCAGCUUGUUCAUUAUCUUCCACCCUUUCUUUCUGGCAUCAUUUACCACUUCCAAAAUUUAAUUAAUAGCACAAUAUAGGAUCAUUUUUUAAGUUGGCCUCCUGCUUUGAAGUGUGCAUUAACAUUUGAGCAGACCGCCUUGCGCAAUUGUGUUGUCAAUGAAAUUUUCAGUCGCCUGUAUCUCUGACUGUGAUUGUUGACUGUGUCAUGAUCAUUUCAAGGGGUAUGCACUCUUUAUUCUGGCUCUUGCAAGAUGAAU